AAUACCUACACUUCAACACAUUUCAAAGCAGAGCAAGGAUAUUGUCGCUUUCGUUACGAGCGUCCAAGAUGUCAGGGGGAAAGUAUCGUCACUUCCCUUUAGAUCACACACGUCGAGAUAUUCGAUUGCUACACUUGCUGCCGGGUCAACUUUCGAAUCCCAUAUCCUGUCGUCUAUCUCACAACCAUUUGGAUGAGAACCCAACAUAUGUAGCUUUGUCUUACGUAUGGGGAGACCGGGAUAACCUCCAGCCUAUCACACUUGAAAGCGUUGGUUUCUCGGUGACUCUCAAUCUCUACACUGCGCUUCAAUAUCUUCGAAAGACCGACACGGAGCGAAUUCUUUGGAUCGACGCCAUCUGUAUCAACCAAGACGAUAUCCCAGAGCGAGAACAUCAAGUCUCGCUGAUGGACCAAAUCUAUGCGAAUGCUCAACAAGUUUUCUGCUGGCUGGGAACCCCGAACGACAACGGAGUCGUGAAUCCGCAGGGCGAUAUCGUCGUCCCUCCAACUACCCACUACCCAGGACCCAGCGACGAAGUCGACAGCUUCGGCUCCCUCACGAGUCGCUUCGGCGGACCUACUAGCCCUGAAGUUCAGAACACUCGAUCCGCCAUCAAGUUCCUAGAUAUACUCAGCGGCUUAAAAGAAGCUGGCCAUCCAAUGGAUUCAGGAAUUUUUGAAUACGGUUCCUGUGGAUCCUGCCCAAGCUGUGAGAGGAAGGGAUAUCAUGUUGAGAUAGCACCUUUAUUUGAGGGAGCAUUCCAGGUCCUAUCCCGCUGGGUUGAUAAUGCCUGGUGGGACAGGGUAUGGACCAUCCAAGAAGCUUGCCUUGCCAAGGGAUCCUGGAUUGUUAUAUAUCACAUCAUGAUACCUUUCGAACUGCUAGGCUCCGCUCGAUACUGGUUGAACAUCCAUGCAAACUUCUGCUGUAUAGAGAGCAUGGCGAGUGCCCGGGAUCCCGAAUUCAGAGUACUCAAAAGGUUUAUGAUGAAGGUAUCGGAAAUCACUCGUUUAGAGCAGGUUUAUAGCCGACAGGAGCUCUCCGAUCAUCUUCGAGAAUUCCGCACACGACAAGCGGGUGACCCACGGGAUAAAGUUAACGCGCUUCUGGGAAUGUCGAUGUGGACGCGAGCUGCUCCUUUGAAGCCCAACUACUCUAUCGAAACCAAACAGGUGUAUAUCAACACCAUGAUGAAUAUCAUAGAGGAGACAAACUCUUUAAAUAUUCUGCAAGGGGUUCUGAGACCAUCUACGAUUCCGAAUCUCCCGUCGUGGGUUCACGAUUGGACUGUUGGUGAUGAUAGAGAUGGUGGAUUUCGGCAGCUGGAUGGGGAUCCUACGCUAUACAGCGCAGGCGGCGAGUUGUCUAAGGCCAAUUUGUGCCGCAAUUCCGAGCUCCUUACGGAUGGGUUUAUGGUUGGCAAGGUCACAUCAGUGGGGCCUGUAUGCGACAUCAACGAUGCUGCCGCGUUUAUUAACGCUCUAAGAGAAUGGGAGAGAAUGAUCCCUGAGAACGGGCUGGCUCUCGAUGGAGCCUAUACGAACGGCCAAUCCCGGUCGGACGCCUUUCGAAAUACUCUAGGCGGGGAUGUGGUACACGGGAAACAACAAUUAACGCGUAUGCUUGGCCUUCCGCCGCCGCGUUACGUUCGAUCCACGGAGGACGACCGAGAACUAUGCCGCGACUGGUGGGACAUUAUCGCUACUGAUGAAACACAGGGAGAGGGAGUUCCGGUCGAGUGGAUUUUGCAUUUUGAAGUGAUUGUUACGUUAACCGUCCGGGAUACUCGCUUUUUCCUCACGGAUCAGGGGCUCAUGGGCAUCGGACCGCCGGGGAUGAACGUUGGCGACAAGGUAUAUGUGCUUCGAGGCAGUGGACUGCCUUAUAUCCUGCGGGAUACUGACGACCAAAACCCAAGUCGAGAAGGCUGCCACCAUCUCGCAAGACUUUGUUUCAAUCUCGUUGGUUCUAGCUAUGUUCACGGAAUUAUGGAUGGUGAAGUCCUCAAGGAUCAGACUAAGACUCAGGUGGAAAUCCACUCAUGUUAAGCUCUGCCAGAUAAUACCAUCUCGCAGUAUCAAUCGGGUCCUGGCAGACUCUUCCCAGUCACACGGACCCAGUCUUCUCUGAUUUUUCACGCGUUGAAGCUAUCUUGGAACUUUGAUUGCUCUUGUUGGUUUCUCUUGAGACAAGUGUUUAACGAGAGGAAUUAGUCGUUUUCGAACUCAUAGAUUUCCUUUCAUCAAUCAAUUGAAUCUUUUGAUCGUUGAUGUCGCGGUCGUUUUGAUGGUACUCGGGGGGUUAGAAAGCCUACCUAAUUAAUACAGCAAAUGGCAUGGUUGUG